AUGAAGUACUCACUUCUGUCACUCUCCCUUGUCGGUAUACUUGUCUAUCUCUUUUUUCGAUCCAUCAAACGCCUCUACUUCCACCCUCUCAGCAAGAUCCCUGGGCCCAAGCUCGCUGCCAUAUCCCACAUUUACGAGUUUUACUACGAUGUAAUCAAAGGCGGAACGUUCCUUUUCAAAAUCGAAAAGAUGCACGAACAAUAUGGUACACACUUUUCCCAUAUUGGACCCCAGGAUGCCAAGACUGAUAUGCAGAUGAUAGGACCUAUUGUUCGCAUCAAUCCGCGUGAGAUCCACAUCAAAGACCCCUCCUUUUAUGACGAGAUCUACGCCUCGGGGGGUAGAAAGCGCAAUAAGGAUGCUCAAUUCCUCAAGGCGUAUUCUGUCCCAGGGUCCAUGGUGGCCACGGUGGAUCACGAUCAACACCGCUACCGUCGAAACAUCCUGAAUGGAUUUUUCUCCAAGCGUUCCGUCAAUGAAUUAUCCCCCGUUGUCGAAGAAAAAGUGCUAAAGCUGAUGCGGCGCUUUGAAAUUGCGUAUCGAGCAGAGUCAAUCAUGCGUCUAGACGAUGCCUUUUCCGCACUCGCCUCGGAUGUCAUUACACAGUACUCCUUCGGCAGAAGCUGGGACUUCCUGGAUGACGCGGAUUUUAGAAGGGACAUUAGGAGCGCGAUCACUGAGACAGCUAACGUUAUUCACAUUAACCGCUUCUUCCCUCUAUUCUCACGGACGCUCCGUAUGAUCCCCAAGUGGUUGGUAUGUAAAAUACAACCAGGAAAGGUAGGUUUGUUUGCGUUCAUGAAGACUAUUUAUGAAUUCACUGCGCAGUCAAUGCAGAUCGCAGAAUCCAGUGUUCCUGCGAAACGAGAUUCCAAGAAAGGAACUAUUUUCGAAAAGUUGACAGAUCCAACCCUCCCACCUGAAGAGAGAACUUUCGCUCGCGUACAUGACGAAUCGGGCGUUAUUCUUCAGGCUGGAACUGAGUCAAUCAGUCGGUCAUUGACUAUAGCUGCCUUUCAUCUUGCUCAUCAGCCUUCAAUGCGGGAGAAGCUACGUGAGGAGCUGCGGUCCAUUCUACCGACACCUGACAGUACAGCGACUUGGGCACAGCUGGAACAGUUGCCGUACUUGACUGGUGUUAUUUACGAGUGCCUCCGUCUCUCGUAUGGCUUGAUCAUCCGUCUCCCUCGAUGCGCCCCUUCGGAGACACUGAAAUACGCGGACUAUGUUAUUCCACCAGGGACACCAAUGAGCAUGUCGUCAUACCUCGUUCACCACGAUGAAACCAUCUUUCCCGACUCGUAUUCUUUUAAACCCGAGCGCUGGAUCGAAGUCGGAGAGAAGUCAGACCGUCUCACGAAGUACAUGGUCUCGUUCACUCGAGGGAGUCGGGCGUGCCUUGGCAUGAAUCUAUCGUAUAUCGUGCUAUAUAUGACGAUCGCGAGCUUUGUCCGUCGGUUUAAUAUGGAACUUUACAAGACGAAAAUUGAGGAUUUGACUAUUGUGCGCGAUUUCGGACUUGGAAUCACCAGGAAUGGGGAGGUGGAGGUUUCUGUCAAGAUGACGGAUAUGCUGAAGGAGUAG